AUGCAAAACGAUUGGAUUAAGUGCAUCAGACAGGAAAUAAAUGAUUUCAAAUGGCUUUCAUCAAAAAAUGCAAGAAUAUGCAGUGACCAUUUCUGUAAUAAAGAUUAUAAGGGUUAUGAUGGAAAAAGGAAAGUAAUGCUGAAGAAAGCAUUCCCAUGUUUUCAAGACAUUAAGAAAGUGAUCUUGUCAUACCUGUUCAAUAAUUUUAAUAAGAUUGUUUUAAAUAACUAUUCUCAAUGUCAUUUUAUUAACACUACAUUAAAAGGUGGCUACAAAACAUUGAUGCAAUAUUCCGAAAUUAGUAAAUAUACGAUCGUAACUUUUGACUUGGGCGAUAAAAAAUCACCCUCCAAUUUUCCUCCGGAACGCUCCUCAAUGAAUUUUGAAAACAGAUGGGUCUUGAGAUCCGCUCUGAACUUCGCAAGUGAUGGAGAAAUAGUUAGAGAAGUAGCCAGUGCAAGAGAACAAGAUAUGGAGAUAUAUGAGAAAAGAAAGGGGCACGAGCAACUAGACGAGCAGCAGAGUUAA